GCCGAGUGGCACCAUGAUGGAGCCAUUGAACUAGGUUUCGGAGGCGGGAUCUGAAGUGUCCAGAUCAGCUCAUACUUCCAAUCCCGAUGCCCAACGCGACUAUUUAAACAGUAAAUUUCAUUUCCGCCAUUGCACCCACCUCCUUUCACGCAUCGGCACUACAACGAGCAUCGCCGCAGGAGGACGAGGCGACCAACCAACGGCCAAGAUGGACAAGCUCAAAUCCGCCCUCGAGGCAAUGUUCACGCCCUCACCCGCCGUCUUCGCCAUCGGCGUCGCGGUGAUCAUCCUAUUCCCCGUCCUGCUCCACUACAUCCUCGGCCGCGCAACGGGAUACACCUCCCUCCCCUCCGUCCUGCUAGUCGGCCCCUCAGGCGCAGGCAAGACAGCGCUCCUCACCCUCUUCGAGCGCGGGCCCCUCCCACAGACGACCAAGUCGCCAUCCACCCCCGCGGCAGCGCCCACGCACACCUCCCAAACCCCCUCAGCCGUCGAGCUCGCCGUCUCCGAGGACCGCACCUCCUCCUUCCGCGACGACCUCGACGCAACCGGCAGCGCAGCCAAGAAGUUCCUCCUCCUCGACACCCCAGGCCACGGCAAGCUACGCCAGCACGCCCUCUCGCGCCUCUCAUCCUCCUCGUCCGACCUCUCCAAGUCCGGCUCCUCCCCGGCCCCCGGCAAGCCGCCCCGCGCCGUCGUCUUCGUCGUCGACGCCGCCGACGCCGACGGCCUGACCGGCGCGGCAGAGUACCUGUACGAGGUCCUGCUCUCGCUGCAGCGGCGCGCCGCCGCGGCGCGGACGAGCCGGGGCCCGGGGUCCGUGCCGGUCCUGGUCGCCGCCAACAAGCUGGACCUGUUCACGGCGCUGCCGGCCGCGCUGGUGCGCAGCGGGCUCGAGUCUGAGCUGGGUCGUCUGCGGAGCACGAGGAGCAGGGCGUUGCCGGACUCUGGGGUCGGUGCUGAUGAGGUUGAUGGGGGUGGGCCGGAGGAGGCGGAUGGGUGGCUUGGGGAGUAUGGGAGUGAGAAGUUUAGCUUUGGGCAGAUGAUGGAGUUUGGUGUCGAGGUUGAUGUCAUCGGCGGCAAUGUUGUUGGCGAGGGGCCUGGGGUGGAUAAGUGGUGGAAGUGGAUUGCGGACAGGAUCUGACCUGGGGGAGAAGGAUAGGUAGUUUGGGGGAGUGGACUUGCCGACGACACAAUUACUACGUGUGCAGGUCAAUAAUAAUACAAGAGCACUAGACGA